ACUUGUCUCAGCCUCUCACCAACUAGUUGCACUGAUCUUCUUCUAGUCGUCUUCGUUACUUCGCAGGCUGAAAUGGCUUCGGCAUGGUCUUAAAGCAAGGACAAAAUGGCCGCUCGCUUGGCGCUUUUACAGCUGGAGAUACCACCGUUAUCUAGCCGAGCACGUUGGCGCCAGCGGGCCUUCGACAUGAAUACUCAAAGAUUGCAUCCCAAAUGGUCGGUCUAUAAAAGAAGGAGCUCGAGCUGGAGAAGCCUCAGAGACGCCUGCCUCCUAUUCGAGUCCAUCAGCUCAUCGUCGCAGUCUGCUUAAUCUGCACCAUCGUCAUGUCUGUCCCAAAUCUCGCUCCGAGCACUGCAACCUCGGUUCAAACGACCACGCACUCGAAAUCGCCGGCUUUCAAGCAUCCUCUGGACCCCCUUACUCCAGAUGAGAUCGUCGCUGUAUCUCUAAGUGUACGAAGGUACACUGCUGAGAAGACGGAUAUCAAGGCAGUCCGAUUCAUCACCAGCGCACUCGUUGCGCCGCCCAAGAAGGCUGUCCUCGCCUACCUCGGUAUCCCUCUCAAUCCCGGCGAAGCGCCUCAACACGUCCCCGAGAUCGUUCGCAAGGCCGAGGUCGAUUUCAUUGAUGUCAUCAAAGGAGAUGCGUUCAACGCCUUCCUGACGCUGAAGCAUGACCAGUGGGAGGUGACCUCGCUUCAGAAGUUGCCUGAGGGGGUGCAGCCGCAGAUCUCUGUCGAGGAGUUGUUGCUUUGCGAGAAGAUCAUCAGGGAGGAUAAGCGCGUGCAGGAACUUGCUGCCGCAGUCGGUGUCACUGCCGACCAGCUCUACUGCGAUGGAUGGGCUAUCGGCUACGAUGAACGCUUCCCGAAGAAGGCUCGCAUCCAGCAGGCGCUGAUGUUCGCCCGCUACGGCCAGCAUGAGAACCUGUACGCUCAUCCUUUGGACUUCGUUCCCGUCAUCGACUCGACCACGAUGAAAGUGAUUCAUAUCGACUUCCCUCCUGGCUUCCUCUCGAAAGCUUCGUCCAAUUCGAUAUUCAAGAAACUUGGGGUUGAUGUCGAGCUCACCGUGCCGACUACGGCACCUCCGUCCCUGGAGGAGGACGCGUUCGCCGCGGCGAAGCGCGAGCGCCUCCCCCCUCCGAAAGAGUCAUGGGAUUUCCUGCCCGACCUCCUCGCGCAGAAGCCGGGCUCGAACUUUAAAGUUCGCGACGAUGUCAAGCCGCUGCACAUCCUGCAGCCCGAGGGCGUCAGCUUCAAGAUGGACGGGCACGUGCUGGAAUGGCAGAAGUGGAAGAUGCAUAUCGCAUUCCACCAUCGUGAAGGUACUGCGCUCUCGACGAUCACGUACAACGAUGACGGCAACAUCCGCCCCAUCUUCUACCGUCUCUCCUUGGCGGAGAUGAUCGUCCCGUACGGUUCACCGGAGCAUCCUCACCCCAGGAAGCAUGCGUUUGACUCGGGCGAGUACGGUAUGGGCACCAUGGCGAAUGAGUUGGCCCUCGGCUGCGACUGUCUUGGACAGAUUCACUACCUGCCCGGUGCUUACGUCGCACACGACGGCAGUGCGGUCGUGAUCAAGAACGUCAUCUGCAUCCACGAAGAGGAUGCGGGCCUCCUCUGGAAGCACAGCGACUACCGCGUUGGCGGCCGGUCGCACGCUGUGCGCAGCCGCAGGCUGGUCGUGAGCAUGAUCUGUACGCUGGCCAACUACGAGUACAUCUUCAAUUACCUCUUCUACCAGGACGGCAACAUCGAGAUCGAAGUCCGCCUCACGGGCAUCCUCCAGGUGUACGUCAAGGGCGAGGAGGAAGUGACCAAGUUCGGGACGACCCUCGCCCCGGGCGUCAACGCCCAGUUUCACCAGCACCUUUUCUCGUUCCGCGUGGACCCGAUGGUCGACGGCCUGCACAACACCGUCGUCGAGACGGAUGUGAUCCCGCUGGCCGAUGCGCCGACGGGCUCGCCCGCAAACUUCGCCGGCAACGCGUUCCUCACGCGCGAUCAUCCGAUCACCGUCCAGAACGAGGGUGCGCGCGACGUGAGCCUCGAGCUCGACCGGCGUUGGACGAUCAUCAAUCCGAAGAAGCGCCACCCGUACUCGGGCAAGUUCGUGGGGUACGCGAUCACCGGCCUGAGGGGAGCGGCGGUGCCGAUGAUGGCGCGCCCCGAUGGGUGGGUCGGAAAGCGGGCGCCGUUCGCGCACAAGCCGCUGUGGGUCGUGAAGGAUGUCGAGGACGAGAGGGGUUCGCGGAUGUGGCCGUGUGGCAAGUACGUCCCGCAGACGAGGGACACGCCGGCGGACUCGAUCGCGAACUGGGUCAAGGGCGACGAGAACGUCGCGGAGGAGGACAUCCUCGUGUAUCUCACUACUGGGAUCACCCACAUCCCGAGGCCGGAGGACUGGCCUGUGAUGCCGGUCGAGCACAUCCGUGUGCUCUUCAGGCCCGGAAACUUCUUCACGGCGAACCCGGCCUUGGACGUGCCUGGUGCGAACGACAAGCGCAGCGUGCCGGCGUUUUCGGAUAGCGAUGGGUCUCCCAGCUGCCAUUAGUGCGAAUUGAGGCUCCUUGCGACGUGCAGGAAGGGCAAACAAUGGAUCGAGAAUGUAAUGUCACAAUACAUAACGGGUUCAAGUUGUAUCUUUGGGGCUUCAUGGGCCAUUUGGAAAUAACAAGGAAUAUGUGUGUGUGUACGAACAACCAGGAGUGAUGGGCUCUAGGUGUCAUCCACAUAUGUCGCUGUGCAAGCUGCCAUCGUUGAAACCUAUGAAGAUUUGAAGCCUUGAAUGUCGCACUGCUCGCCAGCGAACGCCAAGAGUGCGGGAUGAUGCGGGAUCCAACCGAUCGUUCGACACAUUUGACAUGGGCAACGCCAACGUUCGGUGUUUAGUAUGUCAUAACCAGAGGAAGUCAAUGACGCAGGAGGUCAGCAGGCGAGAGGCGUAUAAAUGCCCCGUAUACGAAUUGUUCGAGC